GCCUGCCUGGGGGAAGGCAGAGGCUCCAGGCACAACCACCACGAUGUUCCCAGGCGUCCUGGCUGCCUUCCUCUUCUUGAGCUGGACCCCGUGUUGGUCCCUGCCCCUUCCCAGUGAUGGCGAGGACGAUCUGUCUGAGGAAGACUUCCAGCUUGCCGAGCGCUACUUGAAAUCCUACUACUAUCCCCUGAAUCCCGCUGGAAUCCUGAAGAAGUCUGCAGCAAGCUCCGUGGUUGACAGGCUACGAGAGAUGCAGUCCUUCUUUGGCUUAGAGGUCACGGGCAAACUUGAUGAUAACACCUUGGACAUCAUGAAGAAACCAAGAUGUGGGGUCCCCGAUGUGGGCGAGUACAAUGUUUUCCCCCGAACUCUCAAGUGGUCCAAGACGAAUCUGACCUACAGGAUUGUGAACUAUACCCCUGAUCUGACUCAUUCUGAAGUUGAAAAGGCAUUCAGAAAAGCCUUCAAAGUUUGGUCAGAUGUGACGCCUCUGAAUUUUACCAGACUUCACGAGGGCACUGCUGACAUCAUGAUCUCAUUUGGAACUAAAGACCACGGCGACUUCUACCCAUUUGAUGGACCCUCUGGUCUGCUGGCUCACGCUUUUCCUCCUGGGCCAAACUAUGGAGGGGAUGCCCAUUUUGAUGAUGACGAAACCUGGACAAGUAGUUCCAAAGGCUACAACUUGUUCCUUGUUGCUGCCCAUGAGUUUGGCCACUCCUUAGGUCUCGACCACUCCAAGGACCCGGGAGCACUCAUGUUUCCCAUAUACACCUACACUGGCAAAAGCCACUUUAUGCUUCCCGAUGAUGAUGUACAAGGGAUCCAGUUUCUCUACGGCCCGGGAGAUGAAGACCCCAACCCUAAACAUCCCAAAACACCAGACAAGUGUGAUCCUUCCUUAUCCCUUGACGCCAUUACCAGCCUCCGAGGAGAAACAAUGAUCUUUAAAGACAGAUUCUUCUGGCGCCUUCAUCCUCAGCAGGUUGAUGCCGAGCUGUUUCUAACAAAAUCCUUUUGGCCGGAACUUCCCAACCGUAUUGAUGCUGCUUAUGAGCACCCGUCCCGGGACCUUAUCUUCAUCUUCAGAGGCAGAAAAUUUUGGGCUCUUAAUGGUUAUGACAUUCUGGAAGGUUAUCCCCAAAAAAUAUCCGAACUGGGAUUUCCAAAAGAGAUUAAGAAGAUAAGUGCAGCCGUCCACUUUGAGGACACAGGGAAGACACUCUUCUUCUCGGGAAACCAGGUCUGGAGCUAUGAUGACACUAACCAGGUCAUGGAUAAAGACUACCCCAGACUGAUAGAAGAGGACUUCCCGGGGGUUGGUGAUAAAGUGGAUGCUGUCUAUGAGAAAAACGGUUAUAUCUAUUUCUUCAACGGGCCCAUUCAGUUUGAGUACAGCAUCUGGAGUAAGCGCAUUGUGCGCGUUAUGCCAGCAAAUUCCCUCUUGUGGUGUUAAGUGUCUUUUCAGUGCUGUUAUUUAAAUCCUGGAGAGCAUUUGCGAUAAUACUUCCAGCGAUACCGGGUGUGGGGCACGGGGAUGUCGGGGGGAAGCUUAGUUCUGUGAACGAGCUUCGGUAACUUAUCUUUGAAUAGAUGGUAUAUGGACAGCGAUACGUGGCUGGAACCACAGCGAAUUUUAAAGUAAUGGAAUUCAGAGGCUGUAAGGAUCACCUAAUUCUUGCACGUUCCACAGAAGCAGCAGACGACAGUGUUUCCCACAACAGAAAUGGGACAUAUGGUGUGUCAAAGACAGUUAGCAUAAUGUUUAAAUAUAUUUAUAAGGAAACUUUGCAAAGGCAUAGAAGCAAGUCACAGUUAUGUAAUUAAUGAAUCAUCUUUAUUAAAAAGUAUAAAAUAGUAUGAGAAUGGGGUUUGUGGGGGCAUAUGGUACCACCAACAGACAGACACCAAAGGGAAAUAUCUGUAAUAAAGAUAUUGUGGACAACUUUCCAAAGAAGUGAUUUUGGUUUUGCACUGAGAAUAUUUGAAUGUACAUGCCCCUCUUCCUACUGACACUAGGAUCAGAGUCACUCCAGAUGAGAGACAGGGCCCAAUGCCGAGGACAGUAGAGGUGGCCUGUGGGUUUGGUUUAAUUCUCACCGUUGACCAUGAUUCCAGGCCUACUCUCAAAGAAGACUUUUUUUUUUUUUUUUGCAUGUUCUAGAAGAUAAAGAGAGCCUGUCUCUCUUUGUACUCAAACAUUUCAGGUCUUCCAAAAAUAUUAAAGAAUUAAAAUGGCUAUCACAGCGACCUAAGGCCACGGCAUCAUUCUUUCAUAAAUCAUCUGAUUCUUUAAGACAAAAGGUAGUUUUCUAGCCUGUCUCACCUAGAUAAUUGCUUUAAUUGUCCAGUUCACCAUGGAUAGACAGGCUCUUUUCUGAAAAUAAAAAAUAUAUCGUAUAAAUUGGAAGCAUGCUAAAACAGAGACAUUCAAAAUAAAGAAAAUACCCUGCUGGACUGCAGUCCUCUUGAGGAUGUGGAAAUGGGUUUCUCCCUCUCCUUGGUCUUCUCUCACCCCCGUGAGGCUUGCCCUGUCCAGUACGGGGCACUCACUGAAUGGGGGAAUGGCCACAGGCGAUCUCAGAUGUGCUGGGACCUCUUGUUCACAGAAAUUCAGGUAAAGAAAAGUGUAUUAUCUUUGCAAGAUGUGUCAGGAAGCGUUUAUACUGUUUAUAAUAAAAAAGAUAUU